AUGUUCCAAGCGUUUUUGGAAACUUUUCUGCACACUCUGAAUGAUCGUGUGGUCCACAUGGACAACGCAGCACGCCGAAAUGCCCCUCCUAAACAGGAAAUCAUUGCAUUCGUCUUCGACAGAGUCUGCUACGAAUUGGAGAGGCUUGCUGAGUGGGGUGAGCGUCCCCUUUCGGAUUUGUGUAAUUGCGGUGAAGAUCAUAUUCAUAGCUGUGAUGAUGAGAAGAAGCGAGUUGUACUGCUUGGAUUGCAGUUGUUAGCUUUGAUGAACAGGCUAUCAUUACCGAUGCACAAUGAUGAGGAUGAUGACGACGUUGUGGACUUAUGCACAGCUGCAGAUGUAAAGAUUGAUGUAAGGCGUUUGGUGAAAGCGUGCAGUGAGCUCAAGAUUCCAUUGCUUCAUCUUGCUGUCAAAGAAAAUGAUUUUAUUGAGUACGAAGGUAUACCGUCACAUUUUGUCGUGGAUCGUUUAUUAGCUGCUGGUAUGUGUGUGAACUCAAAAGACGCAGACGGCGAUACAGCGUUGCAUGUUACGAUGAAAAAUGUUCAUCCCAGAAUGAGCAUUAUACGGUUAUUACUGGAUUACGGUGCUUACGCCCUGGCUCGUGAUGCGAAUGGUGACACAUGCAUUGAUAUUAUUGCAAGAAGCGCUGAGCCGUUACAACCAUACUUCCACCCACUGCGGAUAGGAAAGUACAUUACACUCAAAGGUCUGGCAGCAAAUGCGGUCCGAAGGAACAACAUAGCUCACAAUGGUGUGAUUCCACAAGACUUACUGUAUUUCACCGAAUUACAUUAG